AUGUCAGCUAAGGAGCUUUUUGACCAGUUUAGUGUUGAUGGACCCAAUGGGAAGUCAUUGAGUUUACCACAGUUUAUUACUAUUUUAUCACCAUUUGAAAAUGAUUUACCUAAACAAUCGUAUUCGUUACUUUAUUUAAUUGCUGAUCGAGACGCUAAAGGGUAUGUUACCGAGGAAGAUUGGCUUAAAUUUACUGAUACUUUAACUGCUAAAGAUGGAGAGUUUAAGUUAUUAUUUAAUUUAAUUAGGAAGAAUCCUGAAUCGAAUAAGUUGGGUUAUGAUGAGUGUUUAAAUCAGUUAAACAAUUUGAAUAAAGCCAUUGAUGCAAAUUAUCAACAGAAGAAGAUUAAGUUGAAUUGGACUUAUUUUAAUCAAUUUUUCCAACCUUAUGGAGAAAUUGAAUAUAGUGAUUUUAUAACUUUGAUAAAUUAUUUACCAGUUACUAAAUUAAUUGGGAAUUUUGAAAUAUUAGCCAAUAAAAAGGGUACUAUUGAUUCAAAUGAAUUAAAUGAAUUAUUGAUGAAUAAUUUAUAUCAUAAAUUAUCUAAAAAUUUAAAACAAAAUUUGAAUUCAUUACCAGAAUUUUUCAAUAAAGAUGAAUUUACAUUGUCAAAUGUUUUAUUCAUUUAUAAUUGUUUAAAUAAAGUUGAUUUGAUUAAUGAAACAAUUGCUAAUACUCCACCAACUACCCAAGAUAAAAAGGAUAUUUUGAUUAAUAAACAGGAUUUAUAUAAUCAUUUAAAUGAUCAUUUAUUAAAAUCUUCUAAUUUCAAACCAGUUUCAAUCGUGGAACUCGAUUUAUUAUUUCACCUCAUAAAUAAAAAUGAAGAAACAAUUCCUAGAAAAGACCUUAUAUCUUUUCUUAAUCCAAAUUAUAAUAAUAAUUUACCAAGUUUAUACUCAAUUUUUGAACAUCCUGCUGCUCAACCGGUUCAAGAUGAUAAUUUUUCUCUUUGGCCCAUCUUUGAUUCUUUAUAUUCCUUCUUUUUAGGUUCAAUUGCUGGUUGUAUUGGUGCCACUGUGGUUUACCCUAUUGAUUUAGUUAAAACUAGAAUGCAAGCCCAAAGACAUAAAGCCGCUUAUAAAAAUUCUUUAGAUUGUUUCAAAAAAAUUGUUAAGAAUGAAGGUUUAAAAGGUUUAUAUUCUGGUUUAGCUGCUCAAUUAGUUGGGGUUGCUCCUGAAAAAGCUAUCAAAUUAACCGUUAAUGAUUUAGUUCGCAAAAUUGGUACUAAUGAUGAUGAUAAUUCAAUUACAAUGCCUUGGGAAAUUUUAGCUGGUUCUUCUGCCGGUGCUUGUCAAGUUAUCUUCACCAAUCCUUUGGAAAUUGUUAAAAUUAGAUUACAAAUGCAAGGUGGUUCUCAAAAUAAAGUAUUGAAACCAGGUGAAAUUCCUCAUAAAAAAUUAACUGCCGGUCAAAUUAUCAAAACUUUAGGGGUUAAAGGUUUAUAUAAAGGUGCUUCUGCUUGUUUAUUAAGAGAUGUUCCUUUUAGUGCUAUUUAUUUCCCAACUUAUGCUAAUUUGAAAUAUUUAUUAUUCGAUUUUGAUCCUUCAAAUCCAAAUAAAAAACAUCGUUUAGACUCUUGGCAACUAUUAAUUAGUGGUGCUUUAGCUGGUGCUCCCGCUGCUUUUUUCACUACUCCUGCAGAUGUUAUUAAAACUAGAUUACAAGUUGAACAAAAGAAAGGGGAAACUAAAUAUAAUGGUAUUGCUCACGCUUUUAAAACUAUUUUGAAAGAAGAAGGUGUGGGUGCUUUCUUUAAAGGGUCUUUGGCAAGAGUGUUUAGAUCAUCUCCUCAAUUUGGUUUCACUUUGGCCUCUUAUGAACUCUUACAAAAUUUAUUUCCUUUACAUCCUCCAAAUACUAAAGAAUCAAACUUUAAAGCAAUUAGUGGAUAUCCUGGUGUUUACUCUUUAACAAAUGAUCAAGUCUAUAACGGCCGUGAUACUAGAACCAUUUACCUCAAUCAACAAAAAUUGUUUAAACAAAAUGGUUUAAUUGCAAAUAAUAAUUCUGAAAAAUUAAACGAUGCCUUGGUCAAAAUCCCUGCUGAAUACGUUUAUAAAAGUCAAGAUACUAUUAAAUUACUAUUAGAUGUUGAUUAUAAAUUUGGAAAUUUCAAUUAUGAUUCCUAUAUUAAUUAUAUCAAAAAAUUUUAA